AUGCAGAUUCAAUGCACCUGGCCAGCCAAUGAAAUGCGCUUCGGCUCUUCCUCAUUGAUAAAUUUGUCCAAGCAUUUGUACGCAGACUUUAGAUUCGUUAAGACUAAAACAGGAGCCACUCCUCGCCCAUCUUUCUCAGCCACCAUGUCCACCGUUUCCACCCAGAACGAUGUCGUUUCAGGUCAAAGCGAGUCGAUCCAGAAGACCCAGCAGCCUUUACAGGUGGCAAAGCGCUUAGAAAAAUUCAAGACGACAAUCUUCACACAAAUGAGUAGUCUCGCCAUUAAAUAUGGAGCAAUAAACCUUGGGCAAGGCUUCCCCAACUUUGAUGGUCCUGAGUUUGUAAAGGAAGCGGCAAUUCAGGCCAUCAUAGAUGGGAAGAAUCAAUAUGCUCGUGGAUAUGGGGUUCCGGACUUAAACUCUGCCAUUGCUGAGCGAUUCAAGAAAGAUACUGGACUUGUUGUGGACCCUGAGAAGGAAAUUACAGUUACCUCUGGGUGCACUGAGGCAAUUGCGGCAACUGUGCUGGGCUUGAUAAAUCCUGGUGAUGAGGUUAUACUCUUUGCUCCUUUUUAUGAUUCUUAUGAAGCCACUCUAUCCAUGGCUGGUGCUAAAGUAAAAGGCAUCACCUUAUGCCCUCCGGAUUUUUCUGUCCCCAUUGAUGAGCUCAAGUCCACAAUCUCAAAGAAUACUCGUGCAAUUCUUCUAAAUACUCCUCAUAACCCUACUGGAAAAAUGUUCACUCGAGAGGAACUCAAUGAAAUUGCAUCUCUCUGCAUUGAAAAUGAUGUGUUGGUGUUCACUGAUGAAGUUUACGAUAAGUUGGCUUUUGAAAUGGAUCACAUUUCACUGGCCUCUCUUCCUGGGAUGUAUGAGCGCACGGUAACCAUGAAUUCCUUGGGGAAAACAUUCUCCCUAACCGGAUGGAAGAUCGGUUGGGCUAUAGCUCCCCCACACCUGACAUGGGGAGUGCGGCAGGCGCACUCUUAUCUCACUUUCGCUACCUCCACUCCAAUGCAGUGGGCUGCUGCAACAGCUCUCCGAGCCCCAGACUCCUACUAUGUGGAGCUGAAAAGAGAUUACCAGGCAAAGAAGGCGAUUUUGGUGGAGGGAUUGAAGGCUGUAGGUUUCAAAGUGUAUCCAUCAAGUGGCACCUACUUUGUGGUUGUAGAUCACACUCCUUUUGGACUGGAAAAUGAUGUUGCUUUCUGUGAGUAUCUGAUCAAGGAAGUUGGGGUGGUGGCAAUCCCAACCAGUGUGUUUUAUUUUAACCCAGAAGAUGGAAAGAAUCUAGUCAGAUUUACCUUCUGCAAAGAUGAAGGAACUCUUAGGGCUGCAGUUGACAGAAUGAAGGAGAAGUUGAGAAAAUAA